AAAAAAAUAUAAAAUACAUAGAUACAUAGGUGGCGUUUGGGAACUCCCAAUAUAGCCAAUCACUUAGAAAUUAAUACAUUUACAAGGUUUACAAGUAAUACUCUUCCAAUGGUUGUUUUCAUCAUAUCCAGAAUAGCCAGAAUCACCGCCAGAAUAUUAUGUGUCGAUGGUGCUGCCACCGGUGUUUUUAGUCAAGAUUUAUAAAAAAAAAAAUGCAGCACGACGAUGUUGUUUGGAGUAUCAUCAACAAGACAUUUUGUUCUUUUAAAGUUAACACGAAAACUCAGAGAUUAUGUAGGAAUGAAUACAACUUGACGGGUUUGUGUAGCAGAGCUUCAUGUCCAUUAGCCAACAGCCAAUAUGCAACAAUACGAGAAGAGUCUGGUAUUAUUUAUUUAUAUAUGAGAACAGCUGAAAGAAUACACGAGCCAAAAAAUCAAUGGGAAAGAGUUAAAUUGUCACGUAAUUUUGAAAAAGCUAUUAAUCAAAUAAAUGAAAAUUUAUUGUACUGGCCUGGAUUCAUCAAGUCAAAAUGUAAACAAAGAUUUGUUAAAAUAACUCAAUAUUUGAUACGAAUGAGAAAAAUAAAAUUAAGACGACAGAAAAAGAUUGUUCCAUUGCAAAGGAAAAUUGAAAGAAGAGAAACUAGACGAGAAGAAAAAGCUCUUAUUGCUGCUAAACUCGAGACAGCUAUUGAAAAACAACUAAUGGAUAGACUUAAAAAAGGAAUGUAUAAUGACAUUUAUAAUUUCCCCCAACGAGUGUUUGAUAAAGCUGUUGAAGCCGUUGAAAUAGAAGGCGAAAGUGAAGCAGAAGAAAGUGAUGAAGCUGAGGAACAAGAAGAAAAAGAAAUUGAACGAGAGCUAGAGGAAGAUUUGGAAGCUGAUGAAAUGGAGGUUGAGGAGAAUGCUAACCCAUUUAUUGAAGCAGACAGUGAUGAUGAUGAUGAUGAUGAUUAUUAUUAUGAACAAGAGGAGGAUGAAAGCGACUCUGGUCAGACAGAACAAAUAGAGUCUGUUCAGGCUGAAACCUUUAGUGAUUUUUCAUCUGACACAAGUGAUGUUGAAGAUAUAACUAUUCCAACAACGAGUAAAAAAUUAAAAUUGUCCAAACAACAACAAAAGAAAGAUGAAUUGAAAAAGAAAUUAAAACGACCCCGUGUUGAAAUUGAAUACGAAACAGAGGAUGAGCCGCGACAAAGAUUGCGGACCUAAUUAUUGUUAUUAUUAAUUUUUUAAACUUUAAUUUCUAAUAAUAAUAAUAAUACAUACUCUGAAAAUUUA